UCGCCUAGCAACACGUACGUGACGUCACGCGGCGGGUGGCCCCUCUCUGGCCGUGGUGGUGGUGGCGCCGCCGCUGGGCAGUGGAAGAUGGCGGUGCUGGGCGAAGGCCGCGAGUUCGCGCUGUCGUGCGGCGCGGAGCCCGAGCGCCUCACGCUCCUUCACGUCAAGCUCACCGACACGGCCAUCAAGGCUUUCGAAGUGCACCAGGCGUCCAAGCAUUCCCUGUCAUCCCAACCGACCAUCCGCUUUGGAGGAGGCAAAGGGGUUAUGAAGAUCCCUGUGCCAAAAUCUGAAUGCCUGUCAGGGCUGCGGUGUUUUUCCUUCGACGUGUCGAGCGCGGGGAGGGACGGUCCCCAGGCGAGCCUGGAGUGCAUCAAGCAGUACACGGACAGCAAUGGCUCCUGCCUGCUGGACUGCCUGGGCAGCGUUCAGGACAAGAUAACGGUGUGCGCCACCGACGACUCCUAUCAGAUGACACGCGAGCGCAUGACACAGGCCGAGGAGGAGACGCGCAGCCGCGGCGUCAUCGAGAUCAAGCCCGGAGGGCCCUUCCUCGGCAAGCGCACGGUGCGCAAGCUGCCCGCCAGUACGCUGGACCUAGCGCCGGGCCGCAAGCGCUCCAUGCCUGUGAACGUCGCUGGCGCGCUACGCAAGAGCAACGUCGCCACCCCCCCGAGCGUGCCGUCGUCCGUGUCCCAGCGGUCGUACCGUGAGCGCGUCAUGCACCUGCUGGCGCUCAAGCCCUACAAGAAGCCGGAGCUGCUGCUGCGCCUGCAGCGGGAUGGUGUGAACCAGCGCGACAAGAUGCAGCUCUCCCCUGUUCUCACACAGGUGGCAGUGCUCAAUGCGAAGGACAACACUUUCACCCUCAGAGACUCUCUGUACCGGGAGCUCCAAAAGGAUUGGCCAGGCUACUCGGAGGAGGAGAGGCAGCUGAUGCAGAGGCUUGUGGCACGGAAAUCCUCUGGACUGCAGAGCUCGCAGAGUCAAAAUUCUCCAGCUAUGGUUGAACCACUGGCAAGGUUGAGCCCUGUUAAAGACAGCCAUGCGUCUACUCCACAGCAGCAAAAGCGAACGCUUCCGGCAGAAUUUGUGGACCCAAAGGCAAGCAAGAAACAGCGCGUCUCGCAUCUGACGAGCCGCGUGCCGCCCACAUUCAACGGUCACGCAAACAACAAAUCCGUGGCUCCGCGGGGGUCGGUCCCCAAGCCCCAUCGCCCGAUCCCAACCACCGGCAACGCGUACACGACGGCCAGGCCCAGCUCGGACGGCGGCGCCGAGUCGGCCAAACGCCGCUGCGACACCACCUUCACUCUUGUGAGCAGCUCCGACGAAGGUGCCGCGGCCGGCGCGCAGAACGUCUCCAAAGCUCCGGCGGAGGAGUCGAGUCAGGUGAGCUCCAGCUCCGUCGCCAAGACGUCCUCGCCGGACGGCGACGCCGGCGCCGAGCCACUUGCAGCCAGAGCGACCGAGCACAGGACGGCCACCGGCCUCAGGACAGAUGACGUUUGCGUCGCGGACAAGGAGGGCAAGUGCCAAGCCGAGCGAACGCUUGCGAAUGACAACAGCGCCACGCGGGAGGGAGCCUCGAACUUGGCCGAGCGGGCCUCCGACGCCGGCGCGAGGAGUAGAAAGAAAGCCAAGAAAAACCGAGACCGGGAGAGGAGGAAAGACGAGGAUGCACGGAGCCUCGCGGAGGCGCGCGAGGACAUCGAGAACAUCAAGGAGGAGAUGGACCUCAAUCCCAAAGUGAACGAAGGGGACACCGAGGCUGACAUGACUCUAAAUGUCACAACUUCAACAGCAGAUGUCCCCGACUAUGUGCUAAACUACAAACCCAUCGCGUCCCCAGAGCAGCGUCAGAGUUACAAGAACGACUUCAACGCGGAGUACGAGGAGUACCGGGAGCUGCACGCUCGCAUCGAGAACGUCACGAAGCACUUUGUGCAACUCGACGCGAAGCUGCGCAAGCUGCAGCCCAGCACAGAGGAGUACAAGAGUGUUCAGGACCAAGUUUUGAAAGAAUACAAGCAGAUAAAAAAGUUGUUUGCCCCGCUUCCUUCCUUUCAACUCCAGAUCAACCCAAAUUUCCGUGAACAGAAACACCGCUGCCAGUAUCUGCACCACAAGCUGUCUCACAUCAAGCACCUCAUCAUGGAGUACGAUCAGACCAGCGUGACCGUCUGGUAGCACCGCUCCAAACUCCGUAGCAUUUCCCCCCACCUCACCCCCCCCCCCUCUUCCCACGUCGUGACAACGCCGUUUUGCAUUGCAGCGAUCCCAAAUUUUGUCGACCAGCUUCUGCGAGCUUCUCAGCGUCGGGCAACUCUUUGAGGCGGAGGGUCAACCGGGAGGCUCACUUCAGCCAAGCUACGAGGAAGCCAUAAAAACUAAAUAAAAGCAACUGCAAAAAGAACAUUUCAUAGCGGGCAUUGGCAGGACGGUACACGUAAGACAGCGUGGGCAAGUUUCAAUUUAUAUUCCUUGACCAUGGUCGUUGUUUUCCCUUCGGCAGCCCAAGUUGAUGCGUUUCAUGGUGUAAUUGGCGUAAGUCUUGGAUUCCUUGACGAAGAAAAAAGAGAGUUAGCGUGAUGCCGAUUUCCCUUGCGUGCAGAAGUGGGCCCCCUGAAUCGCCUGUGACUUCACGGCGCUUGAUUUUCAUGCGUGACGCAGCCCGGGGCUGCAUAGGUUUCACUCUGGACCAUCACGGUGCAUUGCUGCCAAAAUAAUUUCGUGCACUCGGACUGGGUGCAGUACAGGGGGCUUUGUUUCAUGGCCGUGGCAUAUGUGUAUGGUGUUGGCCCUUUGUAAAAAAAAAAUUAUAUCGGGCUGUUGUGGCGUGUAGGCGUUUACCUUCCUCGGUUCGGUUAUUUAAUAUUAGGCGCUUUUCAAGGGCUUACUUAGUUAUUUGGGGGGUUUAACCAAGAAGCCCCAUUGAGCUCAUGGGGGUUCAGGUGUGGAGUCGUGAGUCUUUUGAUCUGAUUGCCUCCCCUAUGCCAUGGCACGAAUUGCCCUCUCCCAUGGCUCCUAACAAACCUUUUUUAAGUGUAUUUUUAGAAAUAAUGACCAGUAUAGUACAACUUGUACGCUUCCACACACGGUGGUACACACAUGAGCAGUGGCUUCAAGCCAAAUCCUUCUUUGGGUAUAAUCCUUUUUUGUCUGUGAAAUAGGGAGAGGCUCAUGCAGACUGUGCUCAGAGUUGGCAACACCCCUACCCCCCGCCCGUGUUAGGUGAGGUCACUCAUAUAAUUCAACUUCGCUUCUUAUCGCUUGGUGUCACUUGCACACGCGGUGACAUGUAUAUUUUGUUUUACCAGGUAAGGCCCACAGAGCUAUACAGCUCUCUUUUCAAAAGCGACCUCGCCACAAAUCUUAGCUCAACAAAGUGGCUUAUCAUCACGCGGAAAUUUACAGCAGCCAAAUACU